UCCUCCUGCUUCCCCUCGCGCCACCCCUUUGUGGGUGCCGCCGACACACAGCUCGGGUCACGCGCGUCCGGGCGAUUGAUUAAAAAGUAGAAAAGCCGCCCUCCCUCGGCGCCCGCGCGCCCAAUGCGCGCCGGGCGUCGCCUCAUUCGGCUCUCGUCUGCACUGCCGCUCUGUUUCUCCAUGCUCCUGUUUCGCAUGGGUCGAGCAAGGGGAACCUGCACAAUCAUGCGCUUCCGGAGCUCCGUACGGAUUCCCUGGAGUGGCGCGGAGCGCGCCAUGGGCGGCGGCCAGGGGGCUCCAACGCCGCUCCCAAGAAGUCCGCCCGGACCUCCGACAACGUAUGGCUGUGUGGUUAUGUUCUUCUUCGGUGUGCGAGACUUGGCCGCCGGGGACCGGGCACGCACGAGGUUAAAAUGAGCGAUGCUGCAAUGAUUCGGGACGGUCCACGCUUUCAGCACCCCCCGGCCUACGGGCAUGCGGCCCCUGACCCAGACCGGCGGGGAACAAGCCAUUGCUGGCCGCAACUGGCCGACUUCGCGCUGCCAGGGCACACCGCAGCGCAGAGAGGAUGAGGAGGAGAGAGGAGGAGGAGGAGGCGGAGGAGGAGGAGGAGGACAGAGGCGGCGGAGAAAAAAAUGUCUCAACACUCUGCUCCAGCGGAGCCCUGGCACCAAGACCUCCACGCCGAAGGGGGGGGGGGGGCAGCGCGCGCCCGCCGUGCCGGAGGACGCGCCCGGGGCGAACCAUCCGCGACGAACCAUCGCGAGGCCUCCAAAGGCACCUCGUACUAACUGUUUCUGGACAGCGGUGUUGGUUCGGAACGGGGCCUGGCUCUGGAAGGCGAGCACGGACACGCAAUUCCCUGGCUAGCAGCGGCAGCAGUGAGAGCUGCCGAGCUCGCGCGCGCUACAAACAUCGACGGCGCGUGCGGACACGUUGACCUGCGUAUGCAUAUCCCCCCCUAUCGUCGCCCCUGAGAGGCGGUCCUGGGGAAGUGGUCCAGUCCUCCGACGGUCCACGCCGCGAAAAAGCCACGGCGUCGGGGGUCUGGGGACGCAAAGGGCGCUGGACCUCCUCAGCCUUGAGACGCGGCGUGAGCGGAAGGGGCUGUCGGGGGGGGAGAAAGGAUGGGGUAGCAAA